GAACGAUCUUUGUACAAACGUUCUGUCUUUAAACCGGGUCUGGUGAGGAUUUACUGCUCUGAGUCCACGGACUCAACCGGAAACGGAACCGGGACCCGGUUCUUUAUUGCUAAUGUUAGCUGCUAACAGCAGAGCCAGGCAGUGUUAGCAUGGUUAGCUGUUAGCAUAUUAGCAGCAUAGAGGAGACAGCGGAGACUGAAGACACGGACACACCGGUGAACCGAGACUGAGGACACGGACACACCGGUGAACCGAGACUGGGGACACGGACACACCGGUGAACCGAGACUGAGGACACGGACACACCGAGGUCAGAGGUCAUGGUCGUCCACAAUGAACCCAGCUCGCAAACGCCUCAAACUCAGCCCGUCCUCACCAAACCCUGCCCCCUCCUCCACCUGCAGCCAGGGGGCGCCGGCAUCCAGCUCUCACCUCCUUUCCCAUCAUGCUUUGCUGCGAGGUGAAGCUGAGGACGAGGAGAAGGAGGAGGAAGGUUAUCUUCUGGUGGAGGAAGAUACGACUGACUCCAGCCUCAUCAUCACCAUGGAGGACAGUCAGCUGGAGGUGAAGACAGCGAGGAGGAGAACAGUGAGGAGGAGGAGGAGGAGGGGCAAACUGAUGGGAGAGGAGGAAGAUGAGCAGGUGGGCGGAGCCUCAGAGAGCGACGAAAAGGAGGAGGUGGAGAUUGACAGACAGCUCGAUCAAUCGCUGGCGACAAAGUCUAAGCAACAUAAUCUGACCACAGUGAACGUGAAGAACAUCAUCCACGAGGUCAUCACUAACGAACAUGUGGUGGCGAUGAUGAAAGCUGCCAUCAACGAGACAGAGGCCGUUCCUGCAUUUGAGCCUAAAAUGACUCGGUCUAAGUUUAAAGAGGUGGUGGAGAAAGGAGUGGUGAUUCCUGCCUGGAACAUCUCUCCCAUCAAGAAAACCAGUGACGUCAACAAGCCUCCUCAGUUUGUUGACAUCCCUCUGGCUGAAGAAGACUCCUCUGAUGAAGAGUAUCGUCCUGACGAGGAAGACGACGAUGAGACGGCUGAAGAUACGUUCCAGGAGAGCGACAUGGAGAGCACAGCUUCUUCUCCCAGAGGAAGUCGUCUGAGCAGAGGGGACGAGGACAGCUGCAGUCCCUGGCAGACUUCUCAUAGUCGAUCCAGGACUUUGAAGGGGAGGUCUGUCUCCAUGGGCCCUCCCCCUCCCCCCAAAGCACUGCCUCCCAAAGCAGUGACUGACAGCACCUUUCUGGAGAAACUUCAUGCUGUGGAGGAGGAGCUGGCUGUGUGUAUGGAACCAUAUCAGGGUCAGGUCUUCAGUGUGGGGCCUGUGUCAGUGGUUCCUGAGAACCUGGACCUCAGAGAGACUGUUAAACCUUUGUCUGAGUCGGAGGACGAAGUUGGUCUCAUGGCGUACCGGACUCGGUCCAAACGUCCCCUGCGUGACAUCCCCCUGGGCAGACUGGAGGCGGAGCUCCAAGCUCCUGAUAUCACACCUGACAUGUACGAUUCCAGCUCCGCCCUCGAGGACAGGGAUUGGACUGAUUGGCUGAGAGGACUGAUGACCACAGACGUAGACAAUGAAGAGGAAGGUGAUGAUGAUGAUGACCCUGAAUACAACUUCCUGGCCGACGUCGAUGAACCUGACCUGGAGGAUUACCGUGACGACAAGGCUGUCCGCAUCACCAAGAAGGAGGUGAAUCAGCUGAUGGAGGAGCUGUUUGAAACGUUAAAAGAAGACCUUACAGGACAGGAAGUGGAUGAUGAAGGCCACGAGGAAGAGGAGGAGACACAGGAGGACAAAAACAGUCAUGAGACACAACACACGUCUCAGGAACACAACACAGCGCUGAGUGACAGUGAGGAGCAUGAACCAAUCACAGAGCUGCGUACAGUGAAGCAGAAGUUGUCCUGGAUCAGGAAGAGACGACACACACACGCACUGUGUGACACACACACACCUGAACCACACACACUGAAGCUGGACGCCACACAGAAGAGACACCUGCAGCAGCAGCUACAACAGCACGUCCAGUUGUUGACUCAGAUUCACCUGUUGACCUCACCUGUGUCCAAACUUCAGAGUGAAGCUGAGACCACCAGACAGUUCCUGGUGGAGUUGGACGUCCUGGCUCUCAGGACAGAGCUCCUCAUGUCCUCACUUUGUCCUGGUUUCUGCAGCAGCUUCAGGUCGUCAAACCUGCAGGGGGCGCUGCAGCUGCUGGAGGAGCUCAGGCUGAGUCCCAUCAGCUACCAGACCAGGCUCCACCCACCUGACGCCAGAGGACACAUGCGUGUUCACCCUGUCAUGCCUCCUGAACUUGCCUGGAUCUUCUCCACUCGUCCGGUCUUUCUUUACCCGGAGCUGCUGCCGUGUGCCAGUCUGGACCCGGCUCUGUACUGCCCCCGCAGGACAGCAGCCUUCACUGCAGCUGAGGACUGCCUCCUGGUCCUGGGUCUCAGGAACAUGGACAAGUCAUGUGACCCACCAAAGCUGGUGUCUCAGUUCCUGUUGAGGAAGACUCUGGUCCAGGUGAGACGAAGAAUCCUGCAGUGCUGCAGACCUGGUGUCCCCGACAACAUCGUCAAGGUGUUCAGGUACCAGCGAGUGUUGUGGACGAUGCCUGUAGCUUGUCGUCCCCUCAGUCCCGGAGAGCGGCGCCCCCCAGUGGAGAGAGAGGAUAGUAUCAUGCCGAUGUGGCUGGUGCGAAGCCUUCCUGUCAUCUAUCCAACCAUUAAACGCUACAAUGCCCCUCCUGGCUCCACCCCUGAGGCCCCUCCCACCUGCAAGUUGACUCGCCCCCGUCAGAGUCACUACACUUUCCUUCGCUCCGCCUCCAGCUACAGUUUCCCUCCUGGGACAAAGUAUCCGCCCCGCCUCCCCAAACACUUCGACUUCAAACGCAUUGGGUUCGUUGUGCUGCAGCAGCCCCUCCCACCUCCUUCCACUGACUCCUCCGCACUGGUGUCAGGUGGUGACAUCAUCAUAACCUCCACCAUCUCCUUGGCAACCACAGAGCAAAUCAAAAGUCACUAUCAGACGCUCGUGGGCCUAAGGAGGAAACACAAACUCUCCGUGAAUGGAGGAGGAACCAGGAGUGCCACAGAGACAUUGGCUCCUCCCCCUCCUCCUGAAGGCUCUCCCUCCUCUCAGCUGGUGGAGGAAGACGAUGACAUCAGCACAAACGAGGAAGAGGGAGAAGAGGAGGAGAGCGAGGUUCUUCUGGCUCUGUCUGAAUCAUCGUCCAGCACCGACGACGACCACCUGAGCGACCGCGAGGAGGUGGCGUCUGAGCGUGAAGAGGGAGGGGCGACCAGCCGCUCUGACGUUCAGCUGCAGGAGAAACUGUCGUCAGGAGGAAGUGAGGAGGAGGAGCCUGAGGUGGAGGAGGAGCCUGAGGAAGAUGAUCAGCGGCACUCGGACGAUGAGGCGUUUGCUCGGGAUUAUCUUCACAGAGUUUGUGAGGCAGUAGAGGCGUGUCCAGGCGUCGCCCAGCAGCUGCUUCAGGUCCUGGAUCAAGUCUCUGCGGGGGCGGUGGGGGCGGACCUUGUGUACGACAGACUGAGGCGUCUGCUGCAUCCGUGGCCUCAGCUGCUCAGAGACUUCGCCGCCUUCCUGAACCGCGAGCAGGCGCAGAGCUGUGGACUGCUGAUGGAGCAGCAGCUGUUUGAAAGCAGCCGCCGGUUUCUACGGCAACUGGGUCAGAUUCUGGGGAAAAGCUCGUCCCUGUACCAGCAGGUGGUGUCGUUGCUGCAAGAAAGCCCCACCCUCUCGCCUACAGACAUGGAGAAGAUCUCGUCUCUGCUUAAGCUCCACCCCCACCUGCACCAACUUUUCCAGCAGCUCCACCCUGCCUCGUUACCCGCAGCAACAGAGGGGGACUCGGUUUCCCAGAAUCCUCUUGACAAGAACAGGAAGAGAGUUGGUCAUUGGGCUCCUGAAGAGAGUAAGACAGGAAGUGGCAGAGAGGAAGAGGAGGAGCCAAACGAAAAUGCUGUGGUCUGGACUCGCGAGGCAGACCGUGCCAUUCUGACGGCCUGUCAGCAGAGAGGAGCCAAUAGGGAGACGUUCACACAGGUCUCCGCCCACCUGGGAAAUAGGACUGCCCAGCAGGUGAGUCUGCGAUUCCACGAUCUGAUGAGUCUUUUCCAGAAGUCCACUUCCUGUUCCUCAGAGGGUCAACAGCCAAUCAGCUAACAGGAAGCUGUCUGAUCCAGAACUGGAUUAAACUGGACAGCUCAGAAUCUUUGGCCUUGAAUGCGUUUUAUUGAGUUAUUCCCGAGUUCUCGGAGGUUCGUGUCCGAAGAUGCUGCAUUCCAUUAACAUUGGAAGUUGGAGGUCGGAACUGGGAGUGGGAGUGGGAGUGACGCUGACUGCGUUGUUGAGGUCACUCUGACUUUGUGAAAAUAUUCUGCGAUCGUAAACGAGACAUUUAUCCUGGAACUUUUUCAGAAUGGUCUUCAGAGCUCACGAUGGUUUGUAUUUUUAUAGUCGUUAUUAUUUAUUUGAUGUACAUUACCUCAAUCAGACUCCACCCACUUUGGCGGGGGGUUGUGGGUGGAGUCUCUGUCAUUUUCCACCAGUGAAUGAAGAAUGAAAAUCACUGCGAUAACUUAAAAAAAUCAAUGUGACUUUAAAAAAAAAAGAAGCUCCAAACAACAAUAAUUGUUUUGGAGAUUUCCCAGAAUGCAUCUGGAUUAAACCAUGUCCUGUGAAGGUUUUAUAGAAAAUUUAUUCAUGAAUGAAUGCAUGAAUGUAAUACAUGAAUGUUUGUUUAAUUUUCCAUGUUUUUAAAAAACUGGAAUUGAAUUUUUCUUUGUUAAAUUGUUUAUUUUCUGAUGUCAUUAAAAUGAUCCUUCAUAUAAAAUAAAGAGUUGAAGUUUCUACGAUA